AUGGCUUCCCUGGUCGCCAAGCCCCUCGAACCUGCUUCAUUGACCCCCAACGAGUUUCGCUUCCUCUCAAAGAAACCUGAUUACAACAAAGUCAUUAUAGACGCCGAGGAACUCCGACGCCGAAUCUGGCUCAGUGAGCCUCAACGAUGGACCACCACAAGAAGACAGUGUCGUACAGGCCUAGGCAACCUCGACAAGCUCCCCCGCGAGGUACAAAUAUAUAUCUUUGGCGCGACCGCCAUCAACGACCUGCUUAAUCUCCGAGCAACAAACUCCCAUGCCAAGCAACUAAUUGAGCAAUGGGAGCCUUUCAGGGCCGUCAUGACCCAUGGUCGUGAUGCGGUCCGCGCACUCCUGGCGACUGGCGCCGGUUACACAUGGACAGUGCCUCAACUGGUCGACGUCCUUUUCAUCUCCGAGUGUGAGUUUUGUGGUCAGCACGGUGAGAUCCUCCACCUUCUGCGGCUCAAGCGCUGCUGUUUUCGAUGCCUUUCUCAAGAGCGUGAAUUACUGGCCGUCAAUCUCGGUUAUGCUCAGUGCACUAUGGGGCUUUCACAGGCCGAGCUGCGGAAGCUCCCACAGCUGGUGACUGUGCCUCAGAGAUGCUUUUGGGGGUUUCCAGCCCAGUCAGGCUACAUUUUCGAUUACAAGGCUGCCAUGGACGUACUCCGACAGAAAGGGCCAAGGGCAUCAAUCAGUGUGGAUCGGGAAGGCCCACCAUCUUACAACAUCCCACUGAUACGCACUGGGUUGGAGGUAGACGCAGAGCAACGCAGUAUUCAACAACGGCCCAAGUCGUCGAUACAAGCCCGCCGUCGACAGCAGCCCCUACGCCUACUGGACGAGGAACUCUCUCCGCCUGAAACAACUUACGCACAACACGCCUGUGCGAUCCGAGUCCCCUCGCUAAGGUGCCAGUCUGAGCGUCUUGUCAAUGGCUUCCUCCAGACGACCGUCUCAACCAUUGAGGUGGUUCACUGUGCCGGAUGUGCUUACUUCUGGAACUACCACUCGGCGUUGCCCUGGCAGUUCCACCAGCUCUAUUCACAUCAGCUCGAGACGGCGGACUCAGAGUUCAAUGAACAUCUGAGACAUUGCGUUUAUGCUCGCCUGCUGUGGAGGUGGAUCCAUAAUCCAUUACAUCCCAGGGCAAGGGAAGGCACUGAGCGUAUCCUAAAGACCUUCAGGUUGUCGUAUCUGCCAAGACACAGUACUUUCAACGGAGAAGAUACGACAGCUCUGUUUGAGAGAAUUCCAAACGAUGUCGUGCUGCUGAUGCACUCCAGCGACCACGACUUUACAUCGUUUUCUCCAGAGUGCACCUGGCCGGAGCUCAAGAAUGACGACGACGAGGAAGAGCUCCCAAUCUUCAGCCGAAAAUCACAUGCCAUUUUUCUUCAAAUCGAAAGGAUGCGAGCGAUCGCUCUCCGACAUCCGAUCGACAAACGAGACUACUACUGGGACUGCCUGAUCAGCCAAGACGCAGUGAGCCAGGCAAAUUGGGCGUGUGCAAACGUCCACAAUGGCAGCGUCUCUCUAUUCCGUGGACCGGCUUCAAUUCUGGGAGAGAAAAAGCGAUUGUUUGAGAAGAAAUUCCGAGUGGAGGGAAGGCCAUUGGGCAGGCUACCUCAAUGGGGGUUCGGUCACUUCUACCUCUGA